UUAUAAUCAAUUGAAAAUGGCGUUUUGGAAACCUGGCACCACAGCACCUGGUAGUUCUCUGGACAGAGAUACGGAAAAUGAGACGGGAGAAGCGGUGGUUGCGCAUGCGGAAAAACAGUACCGUCACCUUACACUUCAACAACAACGAGAGCGAUUACCCGUCUUUAAAUUAAGAAGGACCCUAUUGUAUUUGGUGGAGAAAUAUCAGACUACGAUCGUUGUUGGACAAACUGGUUGUGGAAAAACAACACAAAUACCUCAGUACUUGAAUGAAGCAGGUUGGGCAGUGAAUGGAAAACAAAUUGCUUGCACACAGCCUCGUCGCAUUGCAGCCACAUCCGUAGCCCAACGUGUAGCAGAAGAAAUGAAUUGUCCAUUGGGAUCGCAAGUGGGUUACUUGAUUCGAUUUGAUGAUCAAACGAACAGCGAUACCAAGAUCAAGUACAUGACAGACGGCAUGCUUUUUCGAGAGACCAUGAUCGAUCCACUGCUGACAAACUAUAGUGUCAUUAUGAUUGAUGAAGCGCAUGAACGUAGUUUAUACACGGAUAUUUUGAUAGGUGUGAUUAAAAAAAUUCAGAAAAAGAGAUCGGAUUUAAGAGUGAUUAUAUCAUCUGCCACCAUGGAUGCCGAACAGUUUUAUAAAUUUUUCAACCAUAAUGCAAGUAAAGACCGUAGCAAGGAUACAGCUACCAUUGUUUCGUUAGAAGGAAGAAUGUUUCCUGUGGAUAUUUUGUAUGCAGAGAAACCAGUGGUAGAUUAUAUGGAAACAGCCAUCCAAACUGUCUUUGAUAUCCAUACAAAAGAACCUGCAGGUGAUAUAUUAGUGUUCUUGACAGGACGUGAAGAAAUUGAUACGGUGGUAUCCGAGAUCUAUGAACGCGGUAAAACUCUACCACAAAAUAGUUUAGCUGUCAUGCCUCUUCCUCUUUAUGCUGGACUUACAAUCGAAGAGCAAUUACAGGUCUUUGAAAGCGCACCGAAAUACACACGAAAAAUCAUUGUAUCGACGAAUAUUGCAGAAGCUUCUGUGACAUUGGAAGGUAUUGUGUAUGUGAUUGAUACUGGGUUUGUCAAGGUACGUGCGUAUAAUCCCAAGACGGGUAUGGAAGCGCUGGUCGUGACACCGGUCUCCAAGGCCUCGGCCUUACAAAGAGCGGGUCGAGCAGGUCGAGUGAAAGCCGGUAAAGCAUUUCGAUUGUACACAGAAGAGACCUAUAGAGGUUUACGAGAUACCAGUAUUCCCGAGAUUCAACGAAGUAAUUUGGCGCCUGUGAUUUUACAAUUAAAGGCCUUGGGGAUUGAUAAUGUACUUCGCUUUGAUUUUAUCACACCACCACCUGCCGAAUUAAUGAUUCGUGCACUGGAGUUACUUUACUCACUCAACGCCUUGGAUCAAGUAGGACGCUUGACCAUCCCAUUGGGUAUGCAAUUGGCCGAAUUCCCCGUCGAUCCCAUGCUGGGUAAAAUUUUAUUAGCUUCCAAAGAAUUUGGAUGUAGUCAUGAGAUUGUGACCAUUGCUGCCAUGAUGUCUGUACAGAAUAUCUUUAUCCAACCCGCCAAAGUACCAAAAGAGGUGAUGCAUGAAGCCCGACGUAAAUUUUGGGUGGAGGAAGGAGAUACCUUAACCUUGGUGAAUGUCUAUAAUGCCUUUAUCAAUAAGGGCAAUAAAUCCGGUAAAUGGUGUCAUGAUCGAUUUUUAAAUUUCAAGGCGUUAUCGCGUGCCAUGACCAUCCGUUUACAAUUGAUGAAGUACUUGAAACGAUUUGAAAUUCCCUUGAUGAGUGCAACGUCAAAGUAUCCCAAAACAGAAGAAGGAAGACUGGCGGCCAGUCAGGAUGUGCGAAAAUGUAUCACCAGUGGUUAUUUCUCCCAGGCGGCGAUAGCAGAACCCGAUGGCAGUGGAAGGUUUCGAACCGUGCGGGAUAAUGUGAUAUUACAUAUCCAUCCAAAUUCCGUCUUAUUCAAUCGUAACCCCAAAUGUGUUGUAUUCCAUGAAGUCAUUGAGACCACACAAGCCUACAUGAGAGAUCUAACUGUAAUUGAACCUGAAUGGUUAGCUGAAUUAGCACCUCACUUUUAUGAAUACAAGAAAUAAAGGAGGGGGUUUUUUAUUGAUUUUUUAA